CUCUUUACGUUCCUCUUCGUCUCCGGUGCUCAACCUUGCUCUCCACUACGAACAAGACCCGAGCCAUACAUUACUGUCAAGCCCUCUUUUGCCUCGAACUAAAGAUUUAUUUUUUCUUUUGAAUUCGAUUUGUUUAUCUGGGUUCAUCUGAUCGGUAAUUGAAUAACAUCUGAUCUUUGAUUAUGCGAUUCUUUAGAAGAAUAGCGGGGCUUCUGGGGAUUGCCAGAGACGAUGGCCAGGAAGUGAAAGACCAAGAAAACGACCCUCGCAACAAUAAUAACAAUAACCAAACACCCGGCAACCGUCGCGUUUUCCAAGACAUUGGACUUCCUCGAAGGGGCUUUAGCGUUCCUGUCCAGGUCGCUGCGACUCGUCCCAAUCCUGGUCCUGUCCUCCUCCCCUGCAAUUCUUGUGACGGUGGUGUCCAGGGUCUAAAAUGGUAUGCAAAGCGUCUUAGGAUGGAUGAAGAUGGAGAUGUAGCAGAUGAGUUCCUUGAUGAAGUUUCGCCUGAAACAUCAGCGUCAACUGAUGCAGAAAAUGAGCAGAAGCCAUUCCCCAAGUUCCAAAUGAACUAUAGUGCAAGAGCUGCCAAUGUGAAGACCCAAGUCAUGUCGCAUGAUGGUAAAAUGCAGCAGUGUGUAGAGCACCAAGGAAGAUUACAGUGGAUAUGAUUGUUGGUAUAUUCUUUGUUUGGCCUUUACAUCAAAAGCGUGAUACUAAUUAUCUUCAUGUACGAAGAGUGGAUUCGAA